AUGGCUCUCCAGGACAUUCUGGGUACGAAUCGCCUUUCACAGUCACCGUGUUGGCCUCUGUCACCCCCCGGCCGGAGGACAGUACGCCCACCCUUCUUACUAUCCCAUGGCACAACUACCCUGGCGUUUCGCUGCAGCCACGGGGUGGUGGUGGCUGCAGAUACACGCUCCUCCUGCGGCAGCCUCAUCUGCGAUCCGGCUUCCCGUAAGGUCAUCACGCUCCACCGCCACCUGAUAGCGACCACGUCCGGGACCUCUGCAGACUGUGCCGCUUGGCUCCGUAUUCUGCGCUGCUCCCUACGCCUGAGGCACCUCCACGAGGGGCAGCAGCCCAGCGUGGCCGGGGCAGCAAAGCUGCUGGCUCGUCUGCUGCAUGGAUGCCACAGCAAAGAUCUCUGCGUGGCCACCCUGCUGUGUGGUUGGGACCGCACAGGGCCCGGAUUGCAUUACGUGUACAGCGAUGGUACUUGCUUCUCCGGAGAUGUCUUUUCGGUCGGCUCCGGGUCCCCCUAUGCCUACGCUGUCUUGGAUGGGGCCUACCGCUAUGACCUUCCAGUCGGGGAGGCUUUUGCCCUGGCCCGCCAGGCCGUAGCUCACGCGGCCUGCCGAGAUGCCUACUCUGGAGGCAACGUUGACCUCUACCACGUUGAGCAAAACGGGUGGAUCUGUGUCUCCCGGGAAGACGUGGGCCGAGUCUACCAAGUUUUGGAGGAAACGGCAGAAGAGGAGGGGGGUUUGUGA